AUGUUACAGUUAGCUGUGAAACGUGCUUCUAUUAAAAUAUUUCAAGAACUGAUUUCCAAAGGCGCAGAUAUAUUUACUGUAUCAGUAGAGGGUAAAAAUUUACUGCAGGAAUAUUUCACACCUUUACCUCGAGAAUUUGAAAAUUGUAAUGCUCUAAAUUUGCAUCAAUAUAAACUUUAUAAUGAUAAAAUUGAGAAUAAUGAAAAUUCUCUCAGUUUAUAUUCAUCUUGUACUCCUAGUAUUGAACCGUUUGAGGCUGUAUCUUUAAAAAUGGGUUUAUGUGCAUGUUUCGAUUCCUUACAUAAUAACAAUCAAGAUACAUUUACAAAUCAAUUUCAAAUCAUCAUGUUGCUUAUAAAAUCUGAAAGAUUAUAUCUUGAUUAUGUUAAAAAUGCAGAGGCCUGUAUAUUUACUAGUAAUCUCAAAGAACAGAGAAGAACUUUGAUUCAGCAAAUGCAAGUUUUAAAGAUAUAUAUUUUAUUAUGUAGUACAUUGAAAGCACAUAUCACUCCAUGUUCUAAUCUCAUAUAUAAUAAAAAUCGAACCCAACUACUUAAAACUAUAAAGAAUGAUUUUAUUGGUUGUGAUAAAGAUAUUUAUAGAGUUUACAUUCAAGAAGGCGACACUUAUAAUGCUUCUUCGCUCGAAGAAGUAAAAGUUUGGCCAAAACGCAUUCAUUACUGUUCCGAAGCCAAGCCAUGCGAAAUAGCCGUUCAAGGGCAAUAUCUUGAUAAAGGAGACAUGUUUAUAGUAAUUCCUUAUACUAGUGACUGUGGAACUAAAAACACCCCAGUUUUUUCAAAAGCAGUUUUGGAUAAUAUUAUCAUUUAUGAUCUUAGUGAACACGUUAUAACAGAUGAUUCAUCGCACAAUUCGACAUAUUAUGUUGCUACCUUCAAAAUUGACUUGCCUGAUUAUGUUAAAAACGCUAAAAUAUGUUAUUUAACAAAGAAAUCGCUUUUAAAUACUUCAGAAACUGAUAUAAAUAACAUAAGCUCUGAUUAUUUUUGGCAAGAAGCAGGCGCAAUUCAAAUUAGACCAGACAUUUUGUUUCAGUGUGAUUUUAAACAUCAAAACUUUGAAGAAUAUGGAAUAAAAAUUAUUCAACACGAAAGAGAUCUAAAUUUAAUUUGGACAAUCAGCAAUCCACUAGCUAGAUUAAUUGAAACUGAACCUAAAAAUAUCGAUAACGUAGAUCAUUUACAACUCGCGGUUUAUGAUAUAGAUAAUCAACGAAAAACUGAUCUUGUUACCGAAUCUAAUAAUAAUAACUACGCUCUUUUUCGUAAUCCAGGUUAUAUUGGAUCCGGGCAUCUUGCUUCAUUGCUCUUACCUCCUUUAAUUUUAUCUGAUGAAGAUUAUUGCUUAGAGUUUUAUUAUUACAUGAAUGGAGUGGACACGAAUAGUUUAGAGAUUAGUUACUUUACAAAAGAGAUAGGAAAUAAAUCUCUGAAACCAAAGUCGUCAGUUGUCAAUUACUUAUGGAAGGAAAAUGGUAAUAAAGGUUCACAGUGGAAUCAGGCAAGGAUAAAUUUAAAACUGAUUAGAAAGCAAAUGAUAAACAUUUUUAUUACAGCCACUUCUGGUCUUUCUGAGCUAGCCUCUAUAGCAUUCAAGGAUAUUCAUAUAUCAGAAGGCAAAUGUGCGAGCCAGAAUCUUUUAACGCAGAAUAAUUUUUCAACAAACGAUUAUUCAAUUUGUGGAGAGGCAAGAAUGAUGGCAAGUUAUUUUCCCCAAAAUAAACAUUGGACUAUAGAUGGAGCAUUGUCAUGUAGUGGACGAGGUUCUUCUCUUCUUGCAGUUACAGGAAUUUGGGUUAAAUGUUGUCUUCCAUCAUUUGGUAAUUAUAUUGUUCGCUUUAACGAUACUUCAAAGGAAGGUUGGUUAGAUAGUUUAUUUGAACUAAAAUUUUUCAAUAAAAAAUAUACUGUAAUGAAAAACUUUAACAAGUCUGAUAACAUGAUAGCAAUCGAUAUUACAAUUGGAACAAUAUAUAUUUUAAAUUUGGAAUACCAUCCACAGACUAUUAUCAUUCAAGUAAGAACUUUAUACCCAAAUUUGAAAGUCUAUUGUGGGCUUACAGAAGCUAUGAAAAACGAGUCUGUUAGAUUUCCAAUACCAACACGAGAAAUAUUAAAAGAAUAUGGUGUUCAAGCCAACAAAAUAAGUGAAGUAAACAAUGAUACUUUGACAGUUGAAAUAACUGGUUCUUUUGUGAAGGAAAAUAUCAUUUUUGAUGUUUAUUGUUAUUCUGAAGUUGUAGAUAGCAGCGAAAUUAAAAAUUAUAUGGCAUUUAGCGAGACUAGCAUAGAAAAUUUAGAAAUGACAAAUGAAGAGAUCGCGGCGACCAGGAGGCGAAUCAUAACUGAUACAAGUCCCACACAACUGAGUUUAUUAAAAAUUACAUACCAAGAUACAACAGUUAAUAUCACGCUAAAAGUAGAUGAAAAAUCAAUAGUAUGGUGUUACACACUUCCUAUAAAUAGCUCUGUUCAAAUUAAUAACGAUAUGAUAAGAAGUCUCGGUCUUCAACUUAACUAUGCCGCCGCUACUACGCAAAAUUUUGUUUUUAAAAACUUAAAAAUAAACACCAUUUAUCAAUUGUAUUGUACAGCACAAGAUUUUGCCUAUCCUAAAAAAAACAUAACACCCAAUGAAAUUGCUAAAAUUUCUAUGAAAGAUAUUAACGGUAAAUCCGUUAAUAUAUUAAUUCAAAAUCACGUUCCCAAACUAACUAUAACACGUGUAGUUGUUGUGAAUCAUGGUUUUGAUCUUUCCGUUCAAACGGAUACGGCGGGCAUAGUUUAUUGUGCAGCUUCAAAAGCAAAACGAUCGCCUCCUAGUCUAGCAAAUGUGCUUGAAGUAGCUUCUUUCGUUCGUUUCGAAGAAAGUGAUGCAGACAUUAAUUUAGCAUCUGAGAAUAUACUUAAAAUCAGAGGAGUAGAACCAAAUGUUCAGUAUAAAAUAUAUUGUAUUGCCUCUGAUUUGAACAAAGAAAAUUAUACAAGUGAAUCUGAAAUGAUAACAAAUAGCCUGUCAAUAACUAGUUAUGGAAACUUUUGUAAGGCCGAAGUAUAUCCGAAACUCUUUAGCCGAACGACAGAAAAAACUCCCUUCGAUCCCAUAACAACUGAAGAAGAAGUUUUGGUGAAAAGUUUUUUAGCAAACUCGUCAGACUGGAAUGUUGAAUUAAUUUAUCGAAUCGAUUUAUUCCUUGAUAAAAAAAAAAUUUAUGAUUAUUACGAUAAUAGAGGUGAACUACCAGAUCGAUAUGCCCGAGUGCGUUUAGGUCGUUGUUUGUCCGAUCAUGGAUUCUACGAGCAAUUAGUUGUUGGUCCACUUAACGCUAACAAAAUGGAAUGGCGUCGCAUUGCAAAUCCUAGAAAAACUUCUUGUUCUGGAUAUAAAACCGAUGAUUGUGUACGACCUACUAUAAACGCAUACGACGAUUGUCUUUAUAUUGGAAAUAUAAUAUCUUUCACCGAUGACGAGAUAUUUAAUGAUAAAUUUUUUGUUGGUUUAAAUUAUGAUUGGAAUGAAUUUAAUGGUGGAGUAUAUUGGAAUAAUCUGUUUUAUGAAAAUUUAACUAACCUAAAGAACGACAUACGUAAAAAUAGAGAAUUAAUAAGUAUUAAAGAAGUAGAACAAAAGACGUUGCGGAAUUUGGAAGCAAAACCUUUUGCUGGAGGUCCAGGUACUGCUGGGGUAGACAUUCCCGUGAAAAAAUAUAGAAGUGGUUUAGAGUAUCGUUUACCUCCAGAACAUGUGGAACCAAACGGUAAAAGAUAUGAGAUAAAAGUACAUCCAAAAGAUAAUAGUUAUACAAUUUCUUAUUUAGGCUGGAGUUUCAUUAUAACUAAUGACAGAGAUAAAUCUUUACAAUUUUGGAAUGUAUACUUUCAAAAUGAGCGCAUUCUGUUCAAUAUGGGCUUACAAGAAGCAAUGGCACAUUAUACUGUUGCUGAACGUACUUUUUUUUUUAUGGAUUCUUGGUACGGAGGUUUAGGUGGUUCAGCCAGACCUAUACUAAGAGGCUAUGAGUGUCCUAAAACUGGAGUUUUGUUAUUUCACAAUCAAAGUGUGUGUAUUUUUGAAAAAGAUGAAGCACGACCCAUAAGAUCUCAUUACAGAUCAGGCAAUAUAAAAGAUGCGGCAGGUCACUACAGUUUAAACGUCAGACAAAUGAUAACGGUCAGUAAUUAUGAUUAUAUUGUGACAUAUACUUUUCAUUCAUCAGGCCAUCUUGAAUCAACUAUUUCAUUUACCGGAGAAUUGUAUGCUGGUGUCGAGAUACCGUGGUACUCAGCAAGACAAGAGCCAUAUGGAACGCAAGUAACUGGAUCUUUACGGAUGGGUGCACUACACGCUCACUUGGCUGUAUGGAAAUAUGAUUUUGAUUUAAUGAAUUAUGAAAAAAAUUCAGUUUAUUUUGAAGAAGUCAUUGCGGAUCCGAAGCGUUCUGGAGCAAAUUUUAUGAAAAAAUACUUUCCAUCAAGAGAAAAAGAAGCUGCGAUAAAAAUAACUGACUCUCGUAGCAUUGGAUAUAGUAUAGUAGCAGACAACAAUACGAUAUAUAACAAUCCUAGAGGUUGGAGAGCUGUACCUAGUGUCAGUUGGAGUCCACAUUUACUUAACCAUGAUUUAUAUAAUGGGCCAGGAGCUUGGGCGAAGUAUAAAAUAUUUACAACAGUGUAUAAAGAAUCAGAACUUGAUGCUACGCUACCCAGAGACAAUAAAUUCGCAGCUGACUAUGCAGUUUCGGUCGAAAAUUACAUUUCAGAUGAUGAACCAGUCAAAUCCGCUGAUUUAGUUACCUGGAUGUCUAUGAAUUUCAUGCACAUACCAGCAAGUGAAGAUUACCCACUAACAAUCCCGAUAGGUAACACUUUAAGCUCUAUGAUACGACCUUUUAAUUGGUUUUUAGAAGAUCCUACGAUGGAUUUAAGUAACAAUUUAGCUAAUCAAAAAAAAGACAGAGGUCCAUGCGCUAUUGUUCGCCAAUCAAUAAAAACAGCAAUGACUACAAAACACAUGGUAGGACCAGUUGUUGCUUAG